AAUUAAAAACAUUCCUUAACCAGAAGGGUGGUUUUAUAGAGGAAAUUUAUGGAGAAACUGGCAUUGAUAAAAAAGAACUAUUGCUUGCUGAACUAGAAGAGGAAAAAUCAAGCAUAAAGAGCAAAGAGGAUUUUGAUAGCAACCUCUAUUUUGUAAGCGGCAGUGAUAUUCUCGAUUACGAUAAAACAGUAAGAGAAUUAUAUGAAAUCAAAAACGAAGCUUUUAAAAAACUAAAAGCCACUCAGUGCACUUAUGAAAAGUGUAAAAAAGAUAAGUUAACUAAUCCUUAUGUUUAUGAAACAAAUUCAAUUACCGGUAUUAAAACCGUCUUUUGCAAUCAAUCUUGCUUAAAUAAGUAUCUAGAAGAAUUAAACAAGUUGAACAAUAGUAGUCAGACAGUCUCUUCUCCAAAGAGAGAAGAAAAAGAGAGCAUAAUUUGUACUAAUUGCGAUGAAGCUUUUCAAGCUCAUAAUCGCUUAAUUCUAGAAAGAAAAAACUUAGAAGUUCCUAAUUUUCCUACCUACGAAGAAUUAGAAGCAAUGCAAGAUGAAGGAAAAUUAGAAAAUUAUGUUGAGCAAAAAAUAGAAGAAAUUAAACAAAUUCGAGAAAGAGAGGAAGCUGAAAAAUCCCCCAAGCAUUCAGCCGACAGUGAUUCAAUUAACCAAGAAAUACAACAAUUACAGCAAGAUAUUAAGCAAUUAGAAGCUAAUCCGCAAAAUAAUCCUGCUUAUCAAUCUAAUCUAAAUUCCCAAAAACAAAAACUAAAAGCCUUAGAAGAAAAAGCAAAUAAGCAGCCUAGUUUAAAUAAUUCUCAGCAAAUAAAUAAUUUAAGUGAUUUUGUUAAUUUAGAGGAAUUGGUUUGUUAUGAUAAUGAACUAACUUCCCUGAAUUUAAAUAAUUGUACUAAGUUAAGGGAAAUUAGAUGUUCUGAUAAUCAACUCACCAAUUUAGAUGAUAUGGGGAAAUUAAAGGAACUUGAUAUUGACAAUACUGAUAUCGACAGUGGCUUAGAGUAUUUACCAGUCAGUUUGGAGAAAUUUUUUUGUUCAGUACAUGAAAAAAAAGAUGCUAAAGUAAGAUCUAUUUAUAAUUUAUUUACCAACGAAGAAGGAGAAGUAGAAACAGAUAAUGCUAAAAAAGAGGCCCCUACAUGGUUCACUAAUUACCAAGAAGACUACCAAAUUCUUAGUGAAAGAUUUAAAAAAUAUGACCUGUGUCCUGAAUGCGAGCAACCCAAUACCGGAGAGCAAUGGUGUCAAGAAU